CCUCAACCGUGCUGUGCAGGAACAUCCUCCGACCUCCAACGUGGCGUCCCAUUUUCCAAAACGACCCUUGAAAACUAGGGGUAAGCCCCGGAAAACUGCCCUCCUCUUUGCCUUCUCCCUCUUUGUGCUUCUACUUUCCAUCCUGGCUGUCUCACGAGCCGUUCCGCGCACGCUGCUCGGAACCUUCUCACACCUGAAAGCCGGUCGUCUGACCAAGUUCCCCUUCAUUGCGACUGCUUCAUUUUCGACAUUUAGGCCGUUCGUCGCCCAACCUUCCUACAUCAUGGACAAGUACAAGAAGCCUCCGCAGGCACCGCCCACUUUUAUCGGCACCAAGGAGAACAUCGUCUCGGACACCAAGGCGUUAUGUGACAAGACACGCAGCCUCUUGGACGACCUCGUCGCCAAGAUACCUGCCGACGACAGCUCCAAGAUCACGUUCCAGGACGUCUUGCUGCCCCAGAUUUAUGACGAGAAUGACUCGGCUUUGACAGCCCGCAUCCUGGGCUUCUAUCAGUAUGUCUCGAGCAACUCGGAGCUGCGGGAUGCCUCAACGGAGGCCGAGAGCAUCAUGGAUGAGUUCGCCAUUGAGAUGGCCACCAGGGAGGAUGUCUUCAAGAUCGUGGACGCCGUCUACCAGAAAAAGGACAGCCUUGGUCUAGACACCGAGGACAAGAAAUUCUUAGAGAAAGAGAGGAAGAACUACAUCUCGAACGGACUGGGGCUCCCCGCUGGACCCCAGAGGGAGCGCUUCAAGGAGAUCAAGAAGAGACUUAGUCAGAUCCAGAUCGAGUUCACCAAGGCCCUGAACGAGGAGAACGGUGCAAUCUACUUCACCCCCGAGGAGUUGGACGGCGUUCCGACCGACCUCACCGAAAGCUGGGACAAGGGAACGGGGGAGAACGAGGGCAAGCUCCGCGUCUCCUUCAAAUACCCGGACCUCUUCCCAACCUUGAAGUUCGCCAAGAACCCCGAGACCCGCCGGAAGAUUUUCAUCGCCAACGAGAACAAGUGCAACAAGAACAUGCCCCUGUUCAAGGAGGCCAUUACCCUGCGGGACGAGGCUGCGCGCAUGCUUGGCUUCCCAGACCAUGCCUCUUUCAGGAUUGAGGACAAGAUGGCCAAGACCACAAAGACGGUCAACGAUUUCCUCGGAGACCUGCGUGUCAAGCUUGCACCUGGUGGGAGGAAGGAGACGGAACACCUCAAGGCGAUCAAGAAGGCCGACGUCGAGUCACGCGGAGAGAAGUUCGACGGCAGCUACUACCUGUGGGACCACCGCUUCUAUGAUCGUCUGAUGAUCGAGCAGGAGUACUCUAUCGAUGAGAACAAGAUCUCCGAAUACUUCCCCUUGUCGAAGACGGUGGCUGGCAUGCUGAAUAUCUUCGAAAAGCUGUUCGGCUUCGUCUUCGUCGAGCUUUCCCCGGAGGACAGGGCAGCAAUCAGCCCUACAGGAAAGGGCGAGGAUAUAUCCUGGCACGAGGACGUGAUCGUCUUCUCGGUUUGGGACGACGACAACGAAGGCGGCGAGUUCGUUGGGUACCUAUACCUUGACCUUCAUCCACGAACUGGAAAAUACUCUCACGCGGCCAACUUCAACCUGUCUCCAGGCUUCUUGCAGGCAGAUGGGAAACGCCGUUAUCCUGCCACUGCAUUGGUAUGCAACUUUAGCAAGCCAACGCCAAAGAAACCCAGUCUUCUAAAGCACGACGAGGUGGUGACGCUCUUCCACGAGUUGGGGCACGGCAUCCACGACUUGGCAGGCCGCACAAAGACAUCCAGAUUCCACGGCACCUCGACAGUUCGGGACUUUGUCGAGGCGCCCUCACAAAUGCUUGAGAACUGGUGCUGGACCCCUAGUCAGAUCAAGGGCCUGUCGAGCCAUUAUGAGACGGGUGAGCAGAUCCCAGACGAACUGGUGGAGAAGCUUGUUGCGACGAAGCAUGUGAACGGUGCACUGUUCAACUUGCGCCAGUUACAUUUUGGCAUCUUCGACAUGACCGUCCACACGCCCAAGAGCCACGAGGAGGUAGAGAAGCUUGAUGCUAGCGCAGUUUAUAACGACCUGCGUGCCGAAAUUGCCGGCCUGCAGGGCCCGGAGUCCCUGGGACAGGGAAGCAACUGGGGCAACGGCCCGGCGACUUUUGGUCACCUCAUAGGAGGAUACGACGCUGGCUAUUACGGCUACCUGUCUUCCCAGGUCUACUCUACUGACAUGUUCUACACUGCUUUCAAGGCGGACCCCCUCAACGGCAAAGAAGGUCGACGGUACAGGCACACGGUUCUCGAGAGGGGUGGCAGUCAGGAAGAGAUGGUCACUCUGGAACAAUUCCUGGGCAGGAGGCCUUCAAAUGACGCUUUCUACAAAGACCUCGGUCUUGCCAGCUGACUCGAUCAGGCCAGGACCAGUCGCCUCUGACAGCAAGGGGCUGUCACUGAAGCACUUCAUGGCUUUAGCCUGGGCGGAUGGAUGUACCUACAAUCUAGCUAGCCUCGACAUAAAGAGUGGAACACUGUAAAAUCCCGCA